CUGUCCCAUAACUCUUCCAAUGAUUGCUUACGUAGCUCAAAAAGCCGUUGAAGUGAUCCCAUGCGACCCUCCACCAAUAAAUAAACGACAAGACCAAUCUAAAAAUAUAUCACGUAAUGUUGGUGAAGAUGAUUAUCAACCUUUACCACCUUUGAUAUCAUUUAUUCAACGAUUAGUUGUAAAAUCAAACGUUUCAACUGCUACUUUUCUUACUACCGUUGUUUACUUGGCUCGUCUGAAAAAUAAAUUACCGAAACUUGCAAGAGUUGAAUAUUAUGUGUCAUCACAUGAUAUUUAUCUUGUGAAACUACGUGAUCCUCUCGGCGUCGCUUUUAUGCGAGAUCUUUGUUACACUACGUCGGCCGAAAAAUCAAAGGGAUUGUAUAAGCGAAUUCGGGUUGUGCAUUUAAAUUUAUCCUUGUGUGGACU